AAAUAAGAAUAAAAAUAAAAGUAGGUGUGUAAAGGAGUAAGAAUUCGCCUCCUCUCUUGCACUUACACCCUUCCUCUCCCUCUACCCACAGUAGGCACCUACUGAACCUGCCAACCCAUCGUCACCCCCCCUCCACCCCGCUUGUGAGCCGUCACCAUGUCCUACGGAUCCGUAAAUUCGCCGGAAGCCCCAGCUAAGGGGUCCGACGCUGCCGCUGCCGCCGCUCGGUCUUCGCGGGUGGGUCAUGCCGGCGGCGGCGACCAUGUCGGAGGCGAACGCGCCGUCUCCGCUGCCGAGGACGGGGCCGACCCUCGACGGUGCACGGCGGCGUGGCAGGGGCUCAAGACGUUCUACGAGAGAAACCUCGGGCUCUUCUUCGUGUUCCUAGCCCAGGUCUUUGGGUCGCUGAUGACGAUGACCACCCGCCUGCUCGAGACGGGCUUCGAGGUCAAGUUUCACGCUCUCGAGAUCAUCUUCGUGCGCAUGCUGGCCACCGCCAUCCUGGGCUCCCUGUACAUGUGGUACAAGAACGUCCCCGACUUCCCUCUCGGCCGCCGAGAUAUCAGGGGGUUGCUGGUCCUGCGCGGAUUUUGCGGGCUCACCGGGCUCUUCUGCUUAUAUUAUUCGCUUUCGUACUUGAACCUGUCGGAUGCCACUGUCAUCACCUUUAUUGUCCCAACGAUGACGGCCUCCAUUUGUUUCAUAGUUCUUCGGGAACCGUUCACGGUGAAAGAGGCCCUCGCCGGGCUCGUUGCGUUCGUCGGGGUGCUGUUCAUAGCCCGGCCGACGUUCCUCUUCCCCCAGCACGGGGGAGACGAGGAGCAGCCCGAAGCCGGCAGCGACACGCCGCUGUUCGCGACCGACCGGCCGGGAGGUCUCGUGCCGUCCGUGCCCGCGACGCCGGCCGAGCGCACGCUCGCUGCGCUGCUGGCCGUCGUCGGCGCAUUCGGCGCCGCCAGCGCGUACUCCACCAUCCGCGUCAUUGGGAAGCGCGCCCACUCGCUCCUCAGCGUCAACUAUUUCGCCGUUAUCGCCACCGCCGGCUCCUGCCUUGUCAUCCUCGCCCACCCGGACCUGCAGUUCAAGGUCCCCCAGGACGCGACUCAAUGGUCCCUGCUAGUCGCCAUCGGCAUCGCCGGUUUCCUGCUCCAGUUCCUCCUGACCGAGGGCCUGCAGCGGGAGAAGGCCGGCAGAGCCACGAAUCUCAUAUACACCCAGAUGGUCUUUGCCCUCAUCCUUGAGCGCAUCGUCUGGGGCACGACCCCGCCCCCCGAGUCCCUGUUCGGCAGCGGCCUGAUCAUCGGGUCUGCGAUAUGGGUCAGCCUGCAGAAGACCAAGGCGACGACAGCCCCGCAGAAGGAGCCUGUCCCCGACGAGGAGCGCAGCCUCCUCGGCACCCGCACACCUGCAGACGCACGCGAGGAUUAAUGUCGAUUCUGUGUCGUUGACUACGGAUAUAUAGGUUGGGGGGCCAUGAACUUGCAUCAGGGGGCAUGUCAGGUUACCCGCUUGGAAUUUUGUCCGCGCUGUUGCGCGACGCUGCGUGGAGUUGUAAGCGCACGUAGGUAUUAUUAUAUACUACGAUUAUAGCGAGCCCUCUCAGUAUAUAUCAGGGAUAGAGAAAAGUCUACCUACUACUCUUGA